AUGGCUGUUAGUCUUCAAAUAUUGGGUCUCAAACAACCAGAUACAUUACGACAAUUUUAUCAACGAUUAAAAUUAGAAAUUGAAGAAUUACAAAUAGAUAAUGAAACAAUCAAUAAUUUCAAUAAACAUUUUGUUAGCGUUGAUCGAUACUCACUGUUCAUUCUCUUUCAAAUAUUAUUCAUUGAUGCUAAAGGUGAUCUAAGACGAAAUGUGCCUGCUUUUCAAAAUUACUAA